AUGGUGUUGACCCCUGUUGGGCCAACCAACGCCCCACACGGGACAACCCUCGCGGCCGACCCCAAGCGCCGGAGCUAUAUCGCGGCUUCUGCCUCGGCGGCCCCCUUCUGGCCGCCGACGCAGCCGAAUGUCGGACGCUCGCGCCGGCCCAAGGCCAACCGGGACGGGGCCAAUCGGGACAAUGAGGACGAUGAUGAUGACGAGGACGAUGAGGACGAUGAGGACGAUGAUGAUGACACCCACGUCAAUGGCAGUAACUCGGUGGAGUCGCUUCCCUUUGUCGGAGGCUCGGGCGCCGAGGACUCCCUCGGUGGCCCGGGCAAUCCGACAGCCCGACGCGGCUCCAUCCAGGCGGCGGACGCGCUGCUGCUCGGGCCGCGUCCAACGUAUCGCCGGCUGCCGGAGGAGCCCCUGCAAAUGGACUCGCUGUUUCCGUCCAUGCGAUCGCCACCGGCGCCGGUGGCCGGUCGCGAGGACCUCGGAACCCGGCGAUCGGUCAGCUUGGCCGGCAGUCCGGCUCUCGGGCCGCAGCAUCCCUCCACCGGCCCGCCGGCUCCUUCAGACCCGCGCUUCCAGCACUACUUCAGCCAGACGCCGGAGCAGCAGCGCGCCAUGCUGGCCGCCGCCUCGUCGGUGGUAGCAUGCAACGAAACGGACCCGGCGCUUCCGAGUGAUCCGAUGGUGCUGCUCGGGCAGCACCGCGAGCAGCAGGCCCUCAUCCAGCAGGCACGCAUCCGUCGUGCGGCCACGGUCCGGGGCCCCCCUUCCUCCGGGGCAACGGGCAACAUGUGGCCCGGAGGGUCGCUUGCCAGUCCGACGGCUCCGGGCACCGCCGGCCCCCCGGGCGAGCGCGGUCCCCUGGCCGACCAUCCGGAUGCCGAUCGUGUCCCGGCCGGCGGGCCCGGGGCGGCCGGCCCCGGCCCCGGCAUCCUGCCCCACUCUCCGUCUGUGGAUAGCAACCUGUCGGCAUCGGCCAGCACCAAGGGCGGGUCGACGGCCGCCCUGUCUGGCGCCGCCGGCUCGGGGCACAUGUCGCGCUUGCUUCACAGUCGGUCGACGUCCGGCGCCUCGCCCGGGCGCCAUGGCGAUGCCACCGGCGCCCAGCACCCGGACACCGGCAGUGCUGGCGCCGGGCCGCCCCAUGCGGUCGACGCCCUGUCCACUGGCGGGGAGCCCUCCUGGCCCAGGGGCCUGGCAUCGGGACCGAAUUUCCCGUGGCACGAGCUGGUGGAUCUGGUGCAGACCCAUCGUGGCGCGUUGGACCUCUCCUCCAAUGCGCUGGUCGAGCUGCCGCACAUCAUCGGCAAGAUGACCGCCCUGAAGGAUCUAUUCCUCGGGGACAACCUGCUGCAGGAUCUUCCCCGGUCGGCCGACCGGCUGACCCGGCUCCGGCGCGUGGAAUUGAACAACAACCGGCUGAAGGACCUGCCGGUCGGCCUACGCCGGCUGACACAGCUUCGCCGCCUCAACCUCGGCGACAACUUCAUCCAGUCCCUGACCCACGAGAUCAACCGCCUCACCUCGCUGGAGGAGCUGUAUCUCUACAAUAACUUCAUGGUGCAUCUCCCCCCGACGUUGGCUCGGCUCGAGUGCUUGACCAUCCUGUCGGUGGUCAACAAUGCCCUGGCCGACCUGCCGCCCGACUUUGGCCAGUACAUGCCGCACCUGAAUCAGCUGUACCUGGCCUCCAACCAGCUGAAGCAGCUCCCCUCAUCGAUUGGCUCGUGCAAGUCCCUGAUCGUGCUUCGGGCCGAGAACAACAAGAUUGAGUCCAUCCCCCCGGAAUUCGUCAACCUGCACAACAUGAUUCACAUGAGCUUCGCCAACAACCUCAUCUCCAUCGUGCCGCCGAUCUUCGAGCACAUGGCCCGUCUGACGACCCUUGAGCUUCAGGACAAUGACAUCGUCUCCCUGCCGCAGAACAUGUUCCUCGGCAUGCCGCGCCUGGAGCGCCUGUGCCUGAAUAACAACGUCCUGAAGAAGCUUCCCGACCAGUGGGCCUACAUGCCGUCCUUGACCUACCUAAACCUCGGGUUUAACAACAUCAGCGAGAUCCACGACUCCCUGCCCUCGCGCUUCCCAAAUCUCAUUUAUCUCAAGCUCAGUGGAAAUCGCAUCCAAAAAAUCCCCCUAACUUUCCGGCGGCUGCAGCGCCUCCGGUCUCUUCACCUCUCGACCAACCUGCUCAAGACCAUCCCCAUCCGUAUGAUGAAGUCCAUGGCCCGGUCGCUGCAGAUUCUGGAUCUCUCCGGGAACUACCUGCAAAACUCCUGCUUCAACGCCCUCAAGCACCUGGAGGUGGUGGUCCGGCUGGAUUUGAGCUACAACUGCAUCAGCGAGAUCAAGCAGCCGCUGGCGCCGACGCUGACGCACCUGUUCCUCAUCAGCAACAGCAUCACCAAGAUCCACCCGGCGGUGCUGCUUGCCCAUGCGGAAAACCUGGUCACUCUCGCGCUCCAGGGCAACCGCUUGCAUACCAUCCCCCAGGAAAUCGGUCAGAUGCGCCAAAUGAAGCUCCUCCGCCUGGCCAACAACCCCCUGCGCGAGAUCCCGGCCUCCAUCACCAACCUCUCGGCCCUGGACAAUUGCCUGGUGGACCUGGGCGCCAACAGCGCCUCCAUUCCGAUCAACUACGACUACACCCUGUCACCCGCACGACAUGAGAUCGAGUCGCUCAAUUGCCUGCCGACCAUGCACGCCUGUCAUCUGACCAUGUACUUGACGCAGGAGAUCCAGGUCCUUCAGCGUCUGCGUUCCUUGAUCGACCAGCGUGCCGAGCUGCUGCACCAAACCUUCCACGAGCACUUCGACGACUUGACCCAGUGCACCUUCGAACCGCCGUUGUCCAUGUCCAUGCAGUUUUCCUCCGAGAUCCCGCUCACCGGAUCGCUGCUGCACACGCUGGAUGCCGGCCAUGGGCUUGGCCACGCUCCGGCGCCCGGUUUGGCGGCUCCGCAUCUGGCGGACCCCGGGGUGCCGGUCAUCCAUUCGCCGAUGGCGGCACUGUCACUGGCAAGUGGCGGGUCCUCCCCGCAGUUUGGUGCCACCAUUCCCGGCGCCGGGGGCGCCGCAUCGAGUGGCCUUCACAUGCAGCAUGCCACCCCGGCACCAGCCCCGGCCCCGGCCAUGACUCCUUCGCCUUCGGGACUGACCGUGCCGGGCAGCGUGGCGGCCGUUGCGGCGGCGGCCGCCGCCGCCUUCGUGCCAGGACACCGGCGCCAGGCGAGCUCGCUGAGCAUCGCACGCGGGGUAUCGCCGGCCGGUGUGUCGCGCAUGUCCGUCUCUCAUGGGCCUCCCCCUGGUCCGGCGGCGUCGACCCCGCGCACCAGCAAUGCCUCCAUACCGGCUGGAGUCGCUUCACACACCUUCUCGACCAAUCCCCUGAUCCAGUCCUACGGAAACCACAUGGAGCAGCUUGCGCAAUUGGUUGACGUUAUGCGCAGUGUGUCCAGUCUCGGGCCACUGGCUCGGCCUGUCGGCUCAUCAACACCAGUUGGCGACUUGCCGCCACCGGGCCCCAGCCCAGUUGCGCACCCUUCACAGGUGUCUCACUCGGGAGAUGCCGCCCCUGGCAUCGGCGAUGCCGGACGCGCCGACAGUCGGACCUCCCUCGGCGAGAGCGCCGCGUCUGGAUCGCUGACCACUGCCAGCCCUCCGGGACCUGGCAUGGGUGUGGGGCUCCCUCGCUUGUCGAUCUCGCCGCCGGCUGGCGAAUAUGCCGGUGCGCCGGGGCCCGACUCGGCCACCGAGCAGCGGCCCCCCUCCGGCGGGCCAUACGACGGUGGCGCCCCGGGUGGCUAUUCCCACCAUGGCUCCGGGUAUCCCUCCUUGAAGCCCAACUCCCACGCCGGCGCCGGGGCCGGUGUCCUGGCCGGGCAGCCCUACACCACGUCGGCCAUCUUGGAGGGGAUAAGCAACUCCUACGCGCGGCCCGAUGCCGGGGUGCCGGCCAGCGCCAUGACGCCCAGCAGGAAGCGCACCAGCGGCCCUGGAGGGACCCCGUCUGCCGCGCCGAAACAGCACCAGCGCCUGCGCACCCCCGGCGACAAUGGAUCCAUGCGGUCGCGCAGCACCUCGCACAUCCGGGAGUCCUGGCAGCUGAUGACCGGCACACCGCGAAGUCGGCGCGACCGUGCCGGCUCGCAGCCCGCCGACCUUGCCCACAUGUUCCAAGAACAGAGCCGGUGAUGGUUGCUUCCCCUUGUCUUGCACGAAGCCCGGCCCCAGUUCUCGGGCCAGGUCUGGUGCUGCCAUUUGGUUCUGCACGCGGGGAAAAUGCAAUUUGUCCCCCCUUCGCACAUGCCACCGCACAUGCGGCGCUUCCCCCCCCCCUCUGUCCACACGGCUGUCGGUUUGUUUGUCUUCUCCCCCUGGCCAUACACGCGCGCACAAUACACAAACACACAUGCACACGCACACAUGCAUGUACACAGACACACACA